UCAUCAGUUGUGAAUACUGAUUGAGACGGAGGAGACCCCUUCUUCACUCUGUCUCACUUUCUCUUUCCUUCUGUACGCGAUCUCUUUCACUUACUUUCAAUUGCGAAUAUUUUCACUACAAAUCACUGCAAAAUCUUUAUCUGUUUGUUGCAUUUUGGGUCCCUGUGGGUCUCUUUCCCGGAGCACCCAACGCUUCAGAGAAUUUCCCCACUCAGAUUCGAGCUGAAAUUUGCACAGUGAGUUCAGUUCAAUUCAGAGUUGAUUAAGUCUCCUCCUUUCCACCAUUUUAGGUUUUUGAAAUAUUUUCAAAUAACUGAUUCCUGUCUCUCUAAAGGUGUUGCUUUCGAAUUUGUGAUUCUCCUACUUUUAAAGGUUUGAUGGCUGCAUCAUGGCUUUGGUAACUCUGUCUACUGAUGUGAAAUGAUAGAUUUUUUUAACUAUUACUGGGAUCCUUUUAAGAAUUUGCUUGGCACAUUUCAAUUUAUAAAAUACAAAUAUGCUUACAUGGUGGGGAAAAUCAUCAUCAAAAGAAAGCAAGAAGAAAUCAAAUAAGGAAAGCUUUUUUGACACACUGCACCGGAAAUUAAAAAUUUCAUCUGAAGGUAAACUAAGCACUAGAUCUGGAGGAUCCCGUAGAAAUUGCAAUGACACAGUUUCAGAGAAGGGGGAUCGAUCUCCAACUGAAUCAAGAUCACCUUCACCUUCCAAAGUGGGCAGGUGUCAAAGUUUCAUUGAAAGACCUCAUGCUCAGCCACUUCCUCUUCCUGGUCUGCACCCUUCAAGUGUAGGCCGAGUAGAUUCUGAAAUUAGCAUAUCAUCAAAAUCAAGAUUGGAAAAGGUCUCCAAACCAUCAUUGUUUCUUCCACUUCCAACACCUGGAUGCAUCCGUUGUAAGCCAAACCCAGCAGAUUUGGAUGGAGAUAUGAUCACUGCUUCAGUCUUUAGUGAUUGCUCUGCUGACAGUGAUGAGCUACACUCACACAAUCGUAGUCCUCUAGUGGCUGACUGUGAGACUGGGAUCAGAACUGCUGCUGGCAGUCCUUCCAGCUCAAUGCCCAAGGAUCAGCCAGUUGUCGCUUCCCAGCUCAAUUCAGCAGGAGUAAAAAAACCAGGAAGUAUUCUGAGUAAUCAUACAUCUUCUACUUCACCAAAACGGAGGCCUUUACGCAACCAUGUUCCAAAUCUUCAGGUUCCUCCUCACGGUGCCUUCUACAGUGCUCCAGAUAGUUCCUUGUCAAGUCCAUCAAGAAGUCCACUGAGAGCAUUUGGCACAGAUCAGGUGUUGAAUUCUGCUUUUUGGGCCGGAAAGCCAUAUUCAGAGGUCAACUUUGUUGGAUCUGGACAUUGCUCUAGUCCAGGUUCAGGUCACAAUUCUGGACAUAAUUCGAUGGGAGGGGACAUGUCAGGACCUUUAUUUUGGCAACCAAGCAGGGGUAGUCCAGAGUAUUCUCCUGUACCUAGUCCCAGAAUGACUAGCCCUGGUCCUAGCUCUAGAAUUCAGAGUGGAGCUGUCACACCUAUUCAUCCCAAAGCCGGGGGAACACCCAUUGAAUCACAGACAGGAAGGUUUGAUGAUGGGAAACAGCAGACUCAUCGUUUGCCACUUCCUCCUUUGUCAGUCUCCAAUUCCUCACCAUUCUCUCAUUCAAAUUCUGCAGCAACAUCUCCGUCUAUGCCAAGAAGUCCUGCUAGAGCAGAUAAUCCAGGCUCUGGCUCACGUUGGAAGAAAGGAAAGCUGCUUGGUAGUGGCUCAUUUGGACAUGUCUAUCUUGGCUUCAAUAGUGAAAGUGGCGAAAUGUGUGCAGUGAAGGAGGUUACCCUGUUUUCAGAUGAUCCCAAGUCAAUGGAAAGUGCUAAGCAAUUUAUGCAGGAAAUUCAUUUAUUAAGCCGUUUACAGCAUCCAAAUAUUGUCCGGUAUUAUGGUUCUGAAACAGUUGAUGACAAGCUUUACAUAUACCUUGAAUACGUGUCUGGUGGCUCCAUACACAAACUUCUUCGAGAAUAUGGGCAGUUUGGAGAACUAGUUAUUCGUAGCUAUACUCAACAAAUUUUGUCAGGGCUUGCUUAUUUGCAUGCUAAAAAUACUCUCCAUCGGGACAUCAAAGGAGCAAAUAUACUGGUAGAUCCAACUGGUCGGGUCAAGUUGGCAGACUUUGGCAUGGCAAAACAUAUAACAGGGCAAUCGUGUCCAUUAUCAUUCAAGGGAACCCCUUACUGGAUGGCUCCUGAGGUUAUAAAGAACUCUAAUGGAUGCAAUCUUGCAGUAGAUAUAUGGAGUCUUGGAUGCACAGUUUUGGAAAUGGCUACUACCAAACCUCCUUGGUUUCAGUAUGAAGGGGUUGCUGCCAUGUUCAAGAUUGGUAAUAGCAAGGAACUCCCAACAAUACCAGAUCAUCUCUCAAAUGAAGGAAAAGAUUUUGUUAGGAAAUGUCUUCAGCGUAACCCAUAUGAUCGCCCUUCAGCGAGUGAAUUAUUGGACCACCCUUUUGUAAAACUUGCUGCACCUUUGGAAAGACCUAUUCUGGUUCCUGAAGCAAUGGAUCCUGUUUCUGGGACUACACAGGGAGCAAAACCUCUGGCAAUUGGACAUGCAAAGAAUCUUUCUACCUUGGAUUCAGAUAGACUUGCUGUUCAUUCUUCAAGAUUUUUGAAAAUUAAUCCUCAUGAAAGUGAAAUCCAUAUUCCAAAGAAUAUAUCUUGCCCCGUAUCUCCCAUUGGAAGCCCACUUUUAAGGUCAAGAUCACCACAGCACAGGAAUGGUAAAAUGUCUCCUUCUCCCAUAUCCAGCCCACGAACUGCUUCCGGGGCAUCUACACCUCUCGCUGGUGGCAGUGGUGCCAUUCCUUUUGGUAAUCACUCUAAACAGUUAAUUUACUUUCAAGAGAGUUUUGGAAGCAUCCCUAAGUCCUCAAAUGGUGUGUACGUUAAUGGCCCUGCUCAUCAUGACUCAACUGUUGACAUUUUUCGAGGAAUGCAAAUAGGGUCUCACAUUCAAUCAGAGCUGGUUUCCACUGAAAAUGAUGUUCUGGUUAAGCAGUUUGCAAGGCCUCCUCAUGCAGAGCCAUAUGAUUUUCAGUCAGUCUUGGCAGAUCGUGUUGGCCGGCAGCUGCUGCGUGAACAUGUUAAGAUUAACCCAUCCCUUGAUCUCAGUCCCAACUCAUCUUUGCUAAGCCGCCCAAAUGGUUUAUGACAUCACGAUCUUUUCCUGGGCCACUCAUCUGAGCAGCUGUUGAAGUUUCUCAGAAUACCUUUUGGUCAUGACGAUAUGUUCAUUGUUCUGUUUGCGAAAAUAUAAUUAUACAAUAAGGAGCCAAAGCACAAGAGAAUCACUGUAAAUAACUUUGCGACGGAGAAUAGGCUGCACCGGGCACCAUAGUGCAUUUUGCAUGGCUUCAGGCUCAGGCUCGUGGAGUUCAUCCAUUUGUGCCACAGCAUUAAACUUUCUGACAAUUUGUCCAUAUCAAGCAAUCAACUCACUAAUCUCACUUGUUGGCAAAGAAGAACUUGUUAUUGUAUGUAACAUAUUUAAGAUGCUGCAUCUGCAUGAGAUGUUUCUCUCCUGCACUUGAGAUACUAUAAAUGACAGAGUUCGUGCAAUGACAAAUGCAUCUCCUGGAAUUGGAACACCAGAGAAAUGGUUAAAAUUGAUACAAAACUUAACUUGUAGACUAUUUUCUUUUUGGAGGAUAGACAUUGUUGUACAGUAGAUAGGAAACUGUAUUGUGAUUAUUCUGAAUUUAGGGAUGGAGACCUCGAUUACAUUGUGGGCUUAAAUGUAUUAUUGUCAUUGCGUACUCUACUACUGGAUCUGUUCUGCUCUGUACAUCAUUGUUCAACAGCAAAAUGGAAGAAAUAUCAUCUUAUCAUUGGUUAA